AUGGGGGGUAGAAACACGGGGGAUGUUUCACUCUCGCAACUUAGUGAAGUAAGUGCAAAGGCAGAGGCAUUAAGGGAGAAUCUACGGAAGGCUCUGAUCGACCACGCGCCAAGGUUUGAGGUGUGCGUCUUUGAAUCCCUCAUGUGUCUUCUUGACAACUUCUUGCAACCUCCUGCUUCUGAUAACUUUUCUCACUCAGUUCGAGAGGAUACAAACUAUCUCAUCGAACGGUAUUACUUGCAAGAGGUCUUUGCAGCACUGUUACUACUUGUUGGUGAAGAUGACUUGGAUGGUGUGGAGGUGGCUGUUGGGAGUGCCCCCCAUCGAGUGGCAUCGGAAGUACCACAGUCUGCAUUCUACGUUGACAUUCACACAAGACGCUACUGUCGUGAACUGCUGCUUUACCUCUGCUUCUCGCGUGUGCAUAAAAAGCGGCGCGUCGUACGUGCACUUUACCCGCUUCUUCUUAAUGGCAGUACGAAGCAGAGUGGAGAAGUAUCGCAAAAUCACAUUAGUGAAGGACUCUUUGCUUCCUCCAGGUUUAAAUCGAGGAAGAAACUGGUUUCCGGCAUACUUAACGGCAUUGUACUCUCAUUCCCCGAUGGGAUUAGGUCUGUAAUUGACGUGUUACUACUCGAUGACCGCGUGGACGACUCCAUGAGCGUACAUGCAGCUAAGCAUAUCGCGAGCCUCUUCACCAUCAAACUGGACCAUGCGUGGUUGUGUGGAGACCAUUGGAAAUCUGAGAAAGAGGAACAACAGGAAAAUGAGCAGAUUGUUACUGUUAGGUAUUGCAAGAAUAUUUCACUGGAGGAGCAGAUUCGCGCUCUUUCGUCGCAGUUGGUGGCGAUUGCCGUCUGCCACGCUGCUGCGCCUUUGUUGGCUAAGGAAAAGGUGGCUCUCCCUGCUUUUUUACAGGGAAAGCAAAAACUGGAGAGGAACCUACUGGUGAAGCCCGAAACCCUGGAGGAACGUCUCCACAUUUGCCUUGCGACAAUACUGAACACCGUGUCGCAGUUACCGCUUCGCAGCGAGGACGAAACCUAUUUUAAGCGUUGCUACAAGCGUUUUUAUCUUUAUAACAAGUAUUUCUUUACCCCGGCUUUUCGCGCUCUCACUCUGCGCACCUCCGUGAAUGCACCAAAUAUUCCCGCCGCAAACACAUCUGCGGUGGUCACUUGCGAGGGAACUUCUGGUAGUGGUGGCAUUCCAUCGAAUGGUGCUGAUGAGGUCGUAAAGGCUCUUAGUCGUUUUUGUGCGCUUGCUAAGGGCUCCACCCUCGGGCCUUCGUCUCUUGCGUUGCUUCUUGCCCUCCCUCCCGUUGCUCCCGGGCUGUUGGAGCUCGUGUUCGUUCAAGAUUCGCUGCCGCCGCCGCAUCGGUUCGCUCUGCAGCAGCUGCUGUCGGCUCUGUGGAAGGUUGAGGGGAAGUAUGAAGAGAUGGCACACAUAUUCGUGCGUGGUGCUCUGAGCCCUGUUCGUGGCUCCGUAACUAUCGAUCGAGUGUCCGGGUUUGUUGGUGUGGAUCUGCGUACCGCUUCCCCCACUGUGAGACGCAUACGUGGGCUACAAGAAUUGGUAAUGAGUGAGUCAACGCCGAGCGGGUUGUGUCGCGGCGUACUGCUUGCCGCCGCGGAGGAAUGUCAGCAGCGUGCCGCGAAAGGUAAUACAUCCCCUGACGACUCAUCUAACAGUAGGUGUGGUGGCACCGGUGGUUCAGACGUCGGUUUAAGACCUCAGCGCAGGGUCGUUAACUUCCUGUACUCCAACACAAUUCACGACCAGGGAGAGGAGGAAGUGGGCAAGGAAAUCUGUGAUCGCACAGAAGAAAUUACGUUGGUGCGCAUGGUUGAGUGUAUAUGUUUAGGUACAAGCGCCGAUGCUGUGUUCGGCGCCGAGAUCACACUGGGUUGUGUGUGUGAUGUUUUAGCCGUUGUAGCAACCAUAUCCUUUGUUUGCUGGCGUUGGACUGUGUUACUUAUACCAAAAGUCUUUUGCAAAGAUGUCGUCACUGCCGUGUUUGCGCAGCACGCAACAAUUGCAGAUCGCCGGAAGGCCGCUGAAGACUUACUGUUGCGCGGGGAGAGGCUCUUUUCAGUGUUAACGGCACUUCACGCGGCCGUAGAUUCAUCUUCAGAUGACGUUUCCGCGGCUGCUGAGGGCUCUCUUGCAGCUGCUAUGGAAGCAUCACGGCAGUACAGUAGUAAUGUCGGAUGCGAGGGUCGUUGUGUGGAUGACGAUCACGACGCCACUGGCAAUACCGUUUCUUACAGUAGUGAGGACGAAGUACGUUCCACUUACCGUCGUCUGGCAGUGGAGGCGGAAAAGUGUCUUGAAACUCGGUCAACUGGCUCCCUCGUAGUACAUUUACUCGCGCUCUCCCGUAUGGCGGAGGACGAAGCUAGCAAAAGGCGGAAUGCACCGUCUCACUACAGUGACAAGUUAGUGGGUGCUGUACAACCCGCAUUACACGUACUCAGUCGUGUGUUAGCAGAGGUGGAUGACGCAUGCGCCGCCGUUGCCGCCAUUAAAACCAUGGUGUGGUGGGCCCUUGCACGGGCUGACUCGCCGGAUUCGUCGUUUAUUGGAAACCUCCUUAUUUAUCAAUUGUCUCGUGACGUGCGCGGUAGGUCGUCGAAGUUCCCCUUGCAAGCAUCAGUUGCUGCAACACCGGUCCAACUAGAUCGAAUGAAGGUUCGACUGCUUGAUGUUUUGCUGGGUUUAUGUGACUACGAUACGGAGGGCCGCACACUUCGAAACAUCGAUGACUACAGCCGGCAGAUGUACGGUUACUCUCUGUACGAUCUGUUGAGGGAGUUGUGUGGGCCAAGACACUCUGUGGCAGUGCAGGUGGCAGCAUUGCACCUCGUUGGGCAUUUUGUUAUCGCGGUUGCGCCUCGUGUCUCUGUUGAAUUGGCAUGUGUACUCUGCAAAGACGUGUUUAGGCACACGCCGCACGCUAUGGCAAAAGCAGCUGCAGCCGCGAUGUUAGUGUGUAUUUCCUCUUCUCUGGAGGUAUUUGGGGAGGGUAGUGUUGAACCGUUACUGCGUAUGGCUGAUGCAAUGCGAAAUUAUCGAGAUGCCGCCGUGGAAAAUACGGUGCAUGAAGAUGUGAUUCGGAGGCACGGUGAGCGCAUAAAGGGUCUGCUAGAAGAAAAACAAUUCAUGUUGCCAGUGCAGGAAAUACGAGAGAGUUGA